AUAAUAAUAAUAAAAAAUCAUAAACCUCUUGAAUGAAAAGAAGGAUGGAGAAAGGGCAAUCGAUCCGUGGAGACAAUCGGUUGAGUUGGCGGUAGGUCGAUAGCUGAUAGCCGUAGGCAGCCAGUGUCUCUGUUUCCAAAUCCCCAAAUCCAAUCACAAAACCCUAAUUUAAAACGCAGUGCCUUGUUGUCGUCGAAAGAGAUAGUUGCGUUGAAAUGCUGGGUGGGUUAUACGGAGACCUACCUCCACCUUCUUCUGCCGAAGAAGAAAAACCAACCACCAAUGUCUGGUCAAGCAGCACCAAAAUGGCCCCCGCCACUCUCCGUAAACCAUCUUCUCUUUUCACACCUCCUCACACCCUUCUCAGAUCCCAAAACAAACCUAAAAUCACCAAUUCCAAAACGGUUCUGUCUUCUGCACCACCUAUACUUGCUCCGGCACUUGAAGAGGUGAUGCAACCGGCUCUGGUGGGCGUGCAGUCGACUGUGUUGGAGGAGUAUGAUCCUGCAAGGCCGAAUGACUAUGAGGAGUAUCGAAGAGAGAAGAAGAGGAAGGCAAGGGAAGUGGAGAUGAUGAGGGAGCUGGAGAGACGGCGGGAGGAGGAGGAAGAGAGGGAGAGAGAAAGGGAGAGGGAAAGAGAGAAAGAAAGAGAAAGGGAGAGAGAUAGGGAUCAGGGUGAUUCCAGGUUGAAUAUUUCGGGUGAGGAGGCCUGGAGGAGGCGUGUGGGGAUGAGUGGAGGCGGUGGAGGUGGUGGGGCUGUGCCGAGGUCGCCAUCACCUCCGGGGAAUGUGGAUGGAUUUACUAUUGGGAAGUCGGAGACUGGCGGCUUGGGGGUUGGUGCUGGUGGGCAGAUGACUGCUGCUCAGAGGAUGAUGGCGAAGAUGGGGUGGAAAGAAGGGCAAGGGCUUGGGAAACAGGAGCAAGGGAUUACUACUCCGUUGAUGGCGAAGAAAACCGAUAGACGAGCUGGUGUUAUUGUCAAUGCCAGUGACAGUAAGUCUGAUAAGAAAGUCAAGAGUGUUAACAUCAAUGGAGUACCUACCAGAGUGCUGCUACUUAGAAACAUGGUGGGGCCUGGCGAGGUAGAUGAUGAGCUGGAAGAGGAGGUAGGAUCAGAAUGUGCCAAGUAUGGAACAGUAACCCGAGUUCUGAUAUUUGAGAUAACAGAGCCAAAUUUUCCCACCGACGAAGCAGUGAGAAUCUUUGUGCAGUUUGAGAGAUCCGAAGAAACAACUAAAGCGCUUGUUGACCUUGAUGGUCGAUACUUUGGGGGUAGAGUAGUGCGUGCCACAUUUUAUGACGAGGAUAAGUUUGGCAAGAAUGAGCUAGCUCCGAUGCCAGGAGAAAUUCCUGGCUUCACUUAGAAGAACAGAGCGUCUAUGAUUUUUGUCAAGUUGUUCUUAGUGAUUAUGCGACUUGAAGUUGGAGUUUAAUAUUUCAUUACAUGAUAGUUGAGCAUAUUUGGUUAAGCUCCAAUCUCGGUCUAAAUGUUUUUGUAACAGUGACUAAGGAUUGUUGCUUAGGGAAUUAUUGUGAUGUCCACACUGAAAAUACCUUACCUGCACUAAUGAGUAAGUCGCCACUGUACAUUGUUUGAACUUGAACGUUCCUUAAUAUUAUUAUCACAUGGAGAUUGAGAUACCAUCGAA